AUGGUGAACCGCCGGAAACUUGCUGCUUUUAUGCUGCGAAGGCGAAGGCGCCAAACACGAAAAGUGUGGGUGAAGCCGCUGUUUGCGCGAAGGGCAGAGAGAGGAGAGUACCGUUCUCUAGUGCAGGACAUCACUGAGGGAGAAGAAGAAUUUUUCCAGACUUACAUGAGGAUGAAGAAGGAUACCUACCAUCAUUUGCUUCGGAUUAUUGAGAACGAUAUAACAAAAAAGGACACACGAUUCAGAAAAUCCAUUACAGCAGCUGAACGUCUGGCACUCACACUUCGUUUUCUUGGACACGGCGAUUCUCAAGCUAUUUUGAGCAUUGUAUACCGUAUAGGCAAAUCGACGGUUUGCAAAAUCAUCAAUGAAACCACACAAGCUAUUUGGAGAGUUCUACAACCAGAGGAAAUGCCAGCACCUACGCUUGAGCGAUUCCGCAAGAGCGACAACCAAUUUCGAAUGAGGUGGCACUUCCCGAAUUGCGUUGGCGCCAUAGAUGGCAAACACGUCCGCAUUACCUGCCCAAUUAACACCGGUUCCGAGUAUUACAACUACAAAGGGUUCUUCAGCAUCGUCUUGCUUGCAGUUGUAGAUAGUGAUUACAACUUCCUCAUGGUGGAUGUUGGGGAUUAUGGCUCUCAGAAUGAUGCGGGAGUAUUUCGUCAUUCUCAAUUUGGACGGGCACUUUUCAAAGGCGAUUUGAAACUUCCGGAGUGCAAGCCAGUUGAAGAAAAUGGACCUCCUUUACCACAUGUAAUCGUUGGAGAUGAGGCUUUUCCACUAACCACGUUUCUUAUGCGUAUCACACUUCUUUGGUAG